AUGUCAGAGGCUUUGAUCCAUCGAGUAAAGGAGCUGGAGGCAGAGCUGGAGAAGCUCAAGUCCCAGCUGAAGGAGAGGGGUGGAGCUGGAGAAGACAUGGAGCUCACAUCCCAUGUAAACACAGACUGCCAACCUGAUGGUAACACCAGCAACAACACCAGCAGCGGUAAGAAGGGUAAAAAGGCGAGCAAAGAGCGCCCUUUCGACUUCUCUGCCCACCCUCGGCGCCAUGUGGCUCUGCGCCUGGCCUACCUGGGAUGGGCCUACCAGGGCUUCGCGGUUCAGGAGAACACGGACAACACAGUGGAGGCCAGACUCUUCGAAGCUCUGCUGAAGACGCGGCUGAUUCAGGAACGACAGACCUCCAACUACCACCGGUGUGGUCGCACUGAUAAAGGAGUCAGCGCUUUCUCCCAAGUCAUAACCAUCGACCUGCGCUCCACACAGUUUGGCGGAGGUCUGGGCAUCACGCUACCUGAAAGUGUUGAUGCCGGCAUCAAAAAUAAAGCUUCUGCCUCUGAGCUUCCGUAUGUGAAGAUGCUGAACAGAGUCCUGCCCCAGGACAUCAGGAUCUUGGACUGGGCGCCAGUAGCGGAGGGUUUCAGUGCACGCUUUGACUGCCAGUCCCGCACGUACCGGUACUACUUCCCCCGAGGAUCCUUGGACGUGGCGUUGAUGGCAGAUGCAGCAAAAAGAUACGAGGGCACUCACGACUUUCGCAACAUCUGUAAAAUGGAUGUGGGCAACGGGGUGCUGCAGUUUGAGAGGACCAUCCUGUCGGCAUCAGUCAAGUCUCUGCAACCUCAGCAGAUCUCCAGCACAGACCAGUAUGAGCUCUUCGUGUUUGAGAUUAAAGGGCUGGCCUUCCUUUACCACCAGGUACGUUGUAUGAUGGCGCUGCUUCUCCUCAUAGGGCAGAAACUAGAAGCCCCGGAGAUAAUUAAUCAGCUCCUGGAUGUUCAGAGUAACCCCAGGAAGCCUCAAUACAGCAUGGCAGUAGACUACCCGCUUGUGCUGUACGACUGCCACUUUGAAGGUUUGAGCUGGAAGCAGGACAGCGAAGAGGUGAAUUACGUCCUGUCUGUGCUACAGCAACACUGGACCCAGAGUGCCGUCAAGACCCACGUCAUCCACGGGAUGAUCCAGGGUUUGGAGGCCAUAGGUGGAGUCUCCUCCGACCAUUGCUGGCUGGUAGAAGGCAGCAGGCAGAAGAACUACCGACCCCUGCUGGAGCGUCCGUGCUGCGAGAGCCUGGAGUCCAGGAUAAACCAUUUUGUCAAAAGAGGCAGACUGGAGCGGGAGGAAGGGGAGAACGGGGGAGAAGCGGUCCACAGGGGGAAAAGGUCCAAACAUUCCCACAAUUCCCUCAGUCUGCCUGUUUCUGCAGAGACGUCGUCUUCAGAACAAAGUACAAAUCAGAAGGCAGAGGACUGAUAUUUUCCCACAGGAGAAAAUGGACUGGACAAAGUGAAUUUUGUUGUAAUUUUUUGUUCAUUGUUUUUACAUUUUAUUUCAGGAAACAAAAGAAUAGAUUUAUCUUUGUUUCAAGAUAACAGUGUAUUUUCUUUUUCGAUUCAAGCAAAUGUCUGUUUUGCUUUGGAUUAAACACGUUUUAGAGAAA